GCAUAAUGUAUAUGUAGGUGUGGUUUCAUACCUAAGAGCUAGAGCUAGAGCUAUUCUUUCGAGUUUUUCACUGCCUUAUCUUAGCUUUACUUAUUUCUUGUUCCAGGCUGUCCCGUCAUGUCAUCUCAUCCGUUAACAGGCAAAGCUCCCCCUGACUUUGCUGCUCACGUCCCGUCAGCUCAGAAGCCCCUGAUUCCAAAGAAGCACGCCAUUACUGGAGACUACACCAUAUUGACCCGUUCACUCGGCGUGGGGGUCAAUGGUAAAGUGCUGGAGUGUAUACACAAAGCAACCGGCGAAAGAAGAGCAUUGAAGAUAUUAAGAGAGAAUCCAAAGUCACGUCGUGAGCUUGAUCUCCACUGGCGUUCAUGUUCCCAUGAGAAUAUUGUCAACAUUUGUGAUGUGUAUGAGAACGUGUUCAUGGGACAUAGGAGCUUACUAGUGGUAAUGGAAUGUAUGGAAGGAGGUGAACUCUUUGAUAGAAUACAAGACAAAGGACACUUUACCGAGAGAGAAGCGGCUGAAGUGGUUAGGUGUAUUUCACUGGCAGUGGCUCAUUUGCAUCAUAUGGAUAUAGCUCACCGUGACCUUAAGCCUGAGAACUUACUCUACAGUGAUAAAACUCCUAGUGCUAAACUAAAAUUAACUGAUUUUGGAUUUGCUAAAGAGAAUCACGGCUCCAAAGCACUCACAACACCUUGUUACACUCCAUACUAUGUUGCUCCUGAAGUUUUAGGUCCAGAGAAGUAUGACACAUCCUGUGACAUGUGGUCCAUUGGAGUUAUAACAUACAUACUGUUGUGUGGUUUCCCCCCAUUUUACAGUUAUGGAGGUGCUCCAAUAUCCCCUGGCAUGAAGAAGAGGAUAAGGCAGGGACAGUAUGGCUUCCCUGAUCCUGAAUGGACUAAUGUCUCAUCGCAAGCUAAGGAUUUGAUUAAAGGAUUAUUAAAGACCAACCCAGCUGACAGAUUCACCAUUGAUGAUGUAUUGCGUCAUCGUUGGAUUGCUGGAUAUCAAGAGGUUCCUCAGACCCCAUUGGCCUGUAUUCAAGUAUUACAAGAUGACAAGGAACUAUGGCCUGACAUUCAGGAUGAAAUGUCACAUGCACUAGCUACAAUGAGAGUUGCUGACGAGCCAUCAAAAAUAAAGAAAGUAGCAGAUGCUAACAAUCCAAUCCUUGCACGAAGAGCAAAGAAGAAUUCCGGAAAAUAAUGCAAUGGAAAAAAACAAUAAUAAUAAAUUUUUGUAGAAUUUAACCCUCUCUCUCUCAUUGAUGGGUAAUGUCACUGUCACUCUUUAUGUUUAAUGUAUCGGACGAAAGUAAAUUUAUAUUAUUACAAUAUACAUGCAAUUAUUAUUAUUAUUAUUUAUACAUGUAUAUGUUUUGUAGUAGUUUUGACAUUUUUUGUAUUAAUAAUAAAAAUAAUGAUUAUUUUUGUUAGUCCCAAAACCUCAUGUAUAGAUCUUCUGCCGUUUUGUUUGGAAAAUGAA